AACUUGCUUACUACAUCUUCAGAAAGCGAAGAAAAUGACAUUUCCAAAUUGAAAAGCAACCAUUUAACGGCUCUUCUAACAAACUCACUCCAAAACCUUCAACCUCUUCUUUUUUUCUCAUUUUUCUCUAUUUACUGUUACUUUUUCUCACCGACAACGUAACGGUUCACCGUAACCGUUUCCGGCGCCGUCGCCGAUCUUCCUCUACCUCCACCGCCAGAUUCACCUUAACUUCAGGGAUACAGAAUGAUAGGAUCCUUUCUUACCUGGGCGCUUGUGAGUGUUUUUGGCUAUGCCUAUCCAGCUUAUGAAUGCUAUAAAGUAGUUGAAAAGAAUAAGCCGGAAAUUGAACAACUUCGAUUUUGGUGUCAGUAUUGGAUUUUGGUUGCUGUUUUGACAGUAUGUGAGAGAUUUGGGGAUACUUUUAUAUCAUGGGUCCCAAUGUAUAGUGAAGCUAAGUUGGCAUUUUUCAUAUUUUUAUGGUACCCCAAGACAAAGGGAACGACAUAUGUAUAUGAUUCCUUCUUUAGACCAUAUAUUGCAAAACAUGAGCCAGAAAUUGAUCGAAGCUUGUUGGAACUAAGGACGAGGGCGGGAGAUUAUGUAGUUUUGUAUUGGCAAAGAGCUGCUGGUUAUGGUCAGACUAGAAUAUAUGACAUUUUGAAGUUUGUUACAGCACAAUCAACACCAGCACCUCGCCCUGCUCAGCAAAGACCAGGUGUGAGAGUCCGUAAACCUGCACCUGCGAAAGGCCAACCAGCCGCUGCUACAGAACCACAGGUUGAGGAACCCCCAUCUCCUUCCUCUAGCACAUCUUCAAGUCAGUUCCAGAGGGAAGUAAAAGAGGAGUUGAGUUCUCCACAAGGUCCUAAGGCUGCCGCCCCCCCUGUUGCAGGUUUAAAUAACCAGAAGCCAUCUGUAGCUGGUUUAAUAAACCAGAAGCCUCCUGUAGCUGGUUUAACUACCCAAAAGUCUUGUGUAGCAAGUUUAAAUACUCAAAAGUCUUCUGCAGCAAGUUUAAAUUCUCAAAAGUCUUCUGUAGCAGGUCUAAUUACCCAAAAGUCUAAUCCUACAUUUUCAACAACCAUAAAAUCUGCAUCGACAGAGGCAGAGCCUAAGAAGAUUGAAGCAGAAGCAACACCUCCAUCCUCUUCAGCAAAUGAAAAUGGAAAAUCUCCUAUAAAGGAGACCAUAAUGGAAGAAAGUAUUCGGGUUACUCGGGGAAGACUUAGAAAAACACGAUCCGCAGCAGGAACCUCGUAGAACAAUGUUGUCAAUUUUUAGCCUGAAAUAGGGGGUAGUUGGACCAUGCUGGACACUGAAUUCUAAAGCUUUAUCUGAUAUAUGAUUUUAUGAGUUUGCAUUCCAUUUGUUGCUUAAUUUUAUUUUAGAAAUUUUUCUAAGCAUGAAAUUGUCGGUAGCUAGAUGCAACUUCUUAUGAACUCUUAUUCCAUUCUGAUGUUUGCAUCAGCUGCUCUGUAUAGCAGGUCUUGACGUAUAAGUGUAACAAACGUAUUAACAUUUAAAUUUAGAUUCUACUUUGCACUGAAA